AUGAACAAGGUUAGGGGCGUACUAGCUCUCAUUGUCAUCAACAAGGCCGGUGGUCUCAUCUAUAACCGUACUUUCGGAGAUGGCCUAAACCAGCUGAAUACAAAUGACUACCUCGUACUUGCUGGUACUUUCCACGGAGUCCACGCCAUCACAGCCCGUCUUAAUCCGUUGAAAGGGUUAAUGAAUGCCCAACAUCAGCAGCAAGCGGCGUUAACCGCGGGCGGCGUGCCGAUACCAAGCCGGCCGGACCCCCCCUCGGGUCUCGAGGUCAUGGAGACGGAGAACUUCCGGCUACAGUGUUUCAACACGUUGACAGGCACCAAGUUUCUAUUGUUCACGGAUAUGAUGCAGACCAACGUGGAUAUCACCAUACGCAAGAUCUACGACUUGUAUUCCGACUACGUCAUGAAGAACCCUUUCUACCAGCUAGAAAUGCCUAUCCGCUGCGAGACCUUCGACAGGAAGCUAAACUCGUAUAUCAGGGAGAUUAACAACUCUCGAUAA